GACCAGAUAUGCAGAUACGACUAUCUCUUCAAGCUCCUGCUUAUCGGAGACUCCGGUGUUGGAAAGUCUUGCUUGCUGCUCCGAUUUGCCGACGACACCUACACAGAAAGCUAUAUCUCUACCAUCGGUGUCGAUUUCAAAAUUCGAACGAUCGAACUUGAUGGCAAGACCGUGAAACUUCAGAUUUGGGAUACUGCCGGUCAAGAGCGGUUCCGAACCAUUACGUCGUCCUACUACCGUGGUGCCCACGGAAUUUGCGUCGUAUACGACGUGACCGACAUGGACUCCUUCAACAACGUAAAACAGUGGCUUCAGGAAAUUGACCGCUACGCCACCGAAGGUGUCAAUAAACUUCUUGUGGGCAACAAGAGCGAUAUGGAAGACAAGAAGGUGGUUGAAUACACUGUGGCAAAGGAGUUUGCCGAUAGUCUAGGAAUUCCAUUCCUGGAGACCUCCGCCAAGAACGCCUCAAAUGUCGAACAGGCUUUUUUGACAAUGGCAAGGCAGAUUAAGGAACGCAUGGGUACUGCCACUGUCAACAACAAACCUACCGUGCAGGUUGGUCAAGGCCAGGGUGUUCAAUCUGGAUCUGGAGGUGGUUGCUGCUAAAUUCCCGGUACCCUCAGCUACGUAAUAGUGCAAUGCAUCGAAAGAGUGUGAACGCACUGCCUGGGGAAAUUGGCUUGUCUGCUCGCUCCCUUUGGUCGGACUGCAUUGUAUGAAACCUGAUAUGGCAGGGCUGGUAUCUAUGACUUGCUUCACAUCUGAGACGACGAUCGGGGAACAAGCACGAGCGUUUCACCAUGCUUAGACGGCUUGUCAAUUUUGUUUUAAUAUCGCUUACAACCGUGGUGCCUGUCUCGUUUUCCCAUUUCCUUUCUCUCUUUUUCUUGUCCGCCUCUUCUACCACUGGUUUCUUAAUUUCCUUUUCUGUGUUGCGCUUCAAUAUCUUGCCUCCUUUCCUCCCAUUUUUUUAUUAUCAAGUUUUCGCCGAUAAUAUUGUUUUUUGCUAGUAUAUCUUAGCUGGUGGGACUCCUUGCGUAUACUUCACUCGGGUUGAGUAAUGGAGGAAAACCAUGGCUA